UUUACAAAUAUUUAUGAUCUGCAAGAAAAGGAACAGGCAUUCAAUACUGUGCCAGAAAUGUUGCGAGCUCUAGGUGGAGAGAAGUUCUAUGAGUACACACAGCAAACAACACGACAAACUUUGGAGAAUAUUGGUCUUAAUCAAUUGUUAAUAGAUGAGUUAGUGACAGUUGUCAUUAGGAUCAAUUAUGGUCAAGAUGUGACCCUAAAUGGGCUUGCUAGUAUGUUCUUCACCACCUUCAACAUCAGGGUAAAUUUGUAAUGGGCACAAGAAAAUGACUCGAAAAAUAUUAUGACAGCUCCUUUCACUCUUUGGGAUGCAUUUUUGUGAGAGUUAAGAGUGCUCAGCUGUGCCCUGUGCGAGAGUUUUGCCUUAAAGUUCUCCAGAUUUCCUUCCUCAACAAAAACUGGGAAUGCUCCAAAUUCCAGUUUGACUUUAAAACGUUGGAUGAUGAGCCACUUCAUGGAUCUGCCACUGCUAAAUUCCAUGGUUACCAGUAAAGUUUAUGAUUUUAAUUUGGAGUAACAGGUGAUCAUUUAAUCUGAUUGUCCAGUCGAGAGUAGCCCUGGGAAAGACUGUUGUUUGCAGGGGUGACUGAUAUUUCCACAACCUUAGAGGAAGUCAUCAUUGAAGAUGGUGCAACUCUUAUAAUGACUUCCUCUAAGGCUGUUGAAAUGGUAGUCAUCACCACCAUAAACAGUCCUCAGGACUCAAUGUUAACACUUUCUUUUGUUCCAAUAAAUCUCUAUGACUGCCCACCAUGGAAGUGAAAAUGUAAAGAUCUACAAUAAAACGCCCCGUUAAAAACAUUGUAUACCAGACUCGAACGUCAAUCAUUUUUUUCACUUUAAUGACAACUUCUGACAGCUUUUAUGUUUUGAAAAAUGCUUUUGAAAAUAAGACAUGAAAAGCUUUUAACCAUCAGUUGAAAACAGUCUAUAAGACAUUUUCGAAAAAAGAGAGUUUUAUCAAAUUUGUAAUAAUGAUAACGUAAGGUUCUUUCUUGGUAUCAGAGUGGAAAAAUCAGUGCUGUUUUGGACUCAUGAGUAAUGAUAACGUAACUUCUUGGUAUUGAAAAAAGGUUCUUUUACUCAGACGGUAACACUCAGGGUUCUCCUUAUCAGACGGUAACCGGAAGAGCACUUAUUACCGCCUGCAAACGCUCAGAACCCUUAACAAAUACGCAUCUAUGGCGAGCUAAUCUGGUAAGAAAGUGUAAUAACAAGCCAACAGUGUGCACUAUUAUAGAUCUACGUGUGCUUUAAUUAGCUAAAACUAACUGUUACCUUUCGAAUUUCGAAGCAAGAGUGGUGAAAAACUGUGACCUCGGUCACAGUUUUUCACCAUACGGACCUCCCAGCCGGCAAAUACCAUAUAUAUAUAUGAGAUGACUAAACUUAUAGCUGUAUAUAGCCUAGGGUUUCUAAAUUUUUGCUUAUUUUCUUGCUACUCUAAGGAUCGUAAGAUUCCCAUACGGCGUAGUUCAAACAGAGGUACAUGA